AAGUGACAAUGAAAUAUGGACGCAUUAAAUAUAAACGUCAACAAGAAUCGAUUUCCCGUGUUCAUCAACAUCCACCGUCAGAAAAAUUAAAAAACAUGAAACUCUCGUCAAAUGUUAAUGGUAUUUAAUGAUUAUGAUUUAUCAUUAUCUUAGACUUGAAAACAGUGCACACUCAGAACAACUAAAAAUUAUGUAAAUUUGUAUUGAUAGAAAAGAAUCCAGUCACAUCAACUGGUGCUCGGUUGACAUCGGAAAUUACAGGUACCGAUGACUUUCAAUUCUUCAAAAACAAAUUUCUCACCGACGAUUUCAAAAUGAGCAAUAACGUGCAUAAGAAAUUGAAAAGCUUUGAUUGGUUUUGUGGAAAAUGUGGAACAGCGGGUCCAACUGACCAGAUGCCAUAUCUCCAUGGUCGUUGAUUACGCUAACGGAAUAACUGAUCAUAAUAUGAAACAAGAAAUCAACAAGAAACUUGGUUGGCAAGCUUCAAAGUACAUCGAAUUCCGACCAAACGACCCGUCAAAGGUGUGGAAGGUUCGACCUCUAUACAACAAGCUCAAAGUGGAACGCGAUGAUAUUCCUUACAUGCGAUCCAGUGGCACGUUGACAAUGUUCCGCAUGAAAGAUGGAAAACAAUACGCGUUGAGCUGUUUCCACGUUGGUUAUGAAAUUGGCCGGAUACGGAACGAUGACGUUAACCCGUUUUUGGCAAUUCACGAUGAAAUUGAAGUAAACAGAAAUGCCACUCAGCGAUUUAUGGAAGAAAAUAAAUAUUAUCUCUCAGCUGAUGACGAAGUUGUUGGUAAUUUUUCCCAUUUUGAUUUUGGAUCUGAAACUGAUAUCAUGGCCAUCAAAGUUGAUGAAGUUAAAAUGGAAAAUAUUUCAGAUGAAAUGGAGAACUAUUCUCAUGACGUAUUGCCGAGGCUUUUUCUUAGAAAGCAUCGUGGUGAAAAAAGCAUUGUUCAAAAAGCUCAAGAAAUUUUUGGAAACAUUGAGGAUCUAAUGUUUAAUUUUGAUGACGACGACGGAAGACCCGUAUUUUGUAACGCAGUGUUGGUAAAAAGUGAUGUUGAGUUUCUAAUGGACGGAGAUUCAGGAUCUCUUGUGUAUUUUUGUGAUGAUAUAAACAAGAAAAAACGACCUUUUGCAUAUGGUGUUGCUGAAUUGAGCGGGGAAGACCAAAACGGAAAAGUGGAGACGUUCUACAUUUGCCUGAGAUUAAAAGAUGCUUUGGAAAAAUUGGAACUUAUGGAAUAAAAGUCGUAAAAUUGAAUGAAUUCCUUUGAUUGUUUAAUAUCCCAAUUUCUUUCCCAAGCAAUUUUUCCUACAAAAUAAUUACCUUCUAUGUAACCGUAUGCAUUAGUUUGAACUUAAUCAUUAAUUUAACAUUUAUCCAUUUAUUUAAUUUUUGUUGAACUAUCCAAGUUUAAUUAUAAUGAACGAAUUAAAGAACCAAUUCAAAAGAACGAUUGUCAAUAAAAACGUACAUUUAAUUUGAUUUUAACGUAAUAAUUUAUAUUCCCUAAAGUUCAUAUUACUUAUCAAUAAUGUAAUAAUCCAAUAGUUCAAUAAUUAUGAAUAUGUAACUUAAUUGAGCAAAAAACAAGCUGUAACUAACCAUAUAUCACAUAAAUGAAAACCUUACAUAUCUUA